AUGCUCGGGCACCUCAAGAACAAGCAUCCUCGCCCGGACAAAGUGCGGGGCAGAACAUAUCGUGGAGACCCACGAGUCCCUCCACCAGAUGGCCGCUGUCCAUGCGACAAACUCCCAGUAGAGUUGCUGGCGUAUAUAUUCUGCCUGGGGCUCGUCUACCUACCUGAUGCCUCUGAGGAAGGACGAUCCGGCCCAUGUCCUCAGUACAAUACUCAUACGGCGAAAGCUCUGCCGUCCGAAAUAGUCGUGUCUCACGUAUGCUCCCGUUGGCGAAAUAUUGCGCUGAAUACGCCAAAGCUUUGGACACAAAUCAAUCUCUCUCGACUGAUUAUAUACAACAAGGUUGGCAGCUACCUCGAGCGCUCGCAGAACUCCCCGGUGGAUAUCUCCCUCCGCCUCUCAUUAUUUGGGCCCAAUGACCUGCGAUCCCCGGUCUAUGGCAAGUCUGCAAUCAGCUCAUACAUCGUCCAGGUCGUGCACGGCGUCUGGCAACUUAUUUCGGAACAUAUUCCCCACUGGCGCUCGUUCAUCCUGGAAACCAUCAAUCCUCAGGUUAUGGAGGCAUUUAUAGGCCUUUUUAACGGCUGCUCCCCAGCACCCAUGCUUGAACGGCUCGAAUUGGUUGACAGGUCAGAGAUCAGGUCUUUCUACAAGACUAGAAAGCUCCUGAGAGUGAACAUCUUCUCUGGGGAAACCCCUAAAAUCAGCACGAUCGCCAUGUCCGGCGUGUACUUCGACUGGCCACAGACGAGUCGCACGCAGAAUCUGAUUUCCCUCACGCUAUCGCACCACGAGUUCGGUACCGGGCCUAGGUAUCAAGUCCUCGCACGCAUCCUGCGUGGGUCUCCCAACCUCAAAACCCUCACACUGAGUGACUUCACGCCCGCAGGAGAUCCGGACGAGGAGGCGCUCGAGCUCACUUCGGAGGGUUCACCGGAUGUCCCACCGUCGUGUGCGGCAAUGCUUUGGUCGCAGUCGCUUGCGGAGCUCGCAAUCGAAAGGAUGGCGCCCGAGCUCGCCACAGAGCUGGUCGGUCGACUAGCGCUGCCCAAUCUCACCCGUCUCAAGAUAGAUCUUCCCGAGUGUUAUGAUUGUACCGAUAUACUCACAACUUUGACUCACCAUAUGCCUCCGAACGACAAGUCGCUUCUGGCUGGUCUCACCGAGCUCCGCUUGAAGCAGUUUUGUGGCGGAACCCAAGAGGCCAUCGCUGCUGCAUACAAGGCGAUGCCUAAUCUGGAAACAUUCUGGUUUGACCACGACGAGACGUCCCCUUUGUGGCUCUCGCUUCUAUCUGGCCAUAACGUGACGCCGCACUUGCGCAACCUUGUCUGCGAAGGCGUCAGUUCACCACGUCUGCGAACUCUACUUAGCAAGCGUCAGGAGUGGGGCGCACCCCUCUGUAACGUGACCAUGAUAGGCGCAUCUGAGCCCGAAGUUGAGGAACGAAAGUGGCUUGAGCUCAACACACAUACGUUCGUGUUUCAGAAAGAUGACUUUUAUCAGGACUCAGAGACAGACACGGACUUUACGGAUGACGAUAGAGAGGGUAUUAUCUUCGGAGAGGAGUGUGAUUCGUAG